GGGGAAUAUUUUGGAAGUUGUGAAAGUGUCAGUGAGGAAGAAGAAAAUCGCGAGCGCUCUUACUGUUUCCUUUUACCUCAAUUGGACAUUUAAAAAGAUUUCUGAUAACUUAAGACUUUUUCAAUAGGAUACAGUUACAUAAAUCCAUGUCGUGUAAAUAUGUUGGCGGUAAUACUGAUUAUUAUAGUCUGUGGUCUAUGGGCGUGGUCCAGGGUAAGGAGGAAUUACAACGAGCCCCCAGCCAUACCCGGAGGGUUGCCUCUAGUUGGUCAUGCCCAUUUACUAGUUGGAGAUAGUAUUCAAUUAUGGACCACGGUGAAAGAGCUUUCCUAUGAGUGUUUGCGGCUUGGAGGGGUGCUGUCUGCAACUAUUGGGCCACGUACUAUUUAUAUCGUUUGCGAUCCAGAUGAUGCAUUAACGGUAGCGAACUCUUGCUUACAAAAGGAUACUUUUUACGAAUUUGCUAAGCCUUGGCUCGGAGAAGGGUUGGUGACUGGCAAGUUAUCAAUAUGGAAGCACCAUCGCCGUCUAUUGAACCCAGCGUUCAGUUCGAUUGUGUUGGACGGAUUUCUCGGCGUUUUCAACAGUCAGUCUCGAAGACUUGUCCAGGAAUUGUCCAAAGAAGUUGGCAAGGGACCGUUUGAUCAUUGGGUGUAUACGCGUCACAAUGCUUUGGAGACCAUUUGUUUGACAGCUUUAGGGAUAGACUUCACCGAGAAAAGUGUUCUCAACAGCCAAUACGUGCAAGCGACAGAGCAGAUAUUUAACGUCUUCGUGGAGAGAUUCCAGAAGUUUUGGCUCCACAAUCAUUUUAUAUACAGCCUUUCGGGCUUGCGGAGAAAACAGGACAAUCUGCUCAAGAUUCUACAUAACAUGUCUUAUACAGUACUUCAAAAACGGAAAGCUGAUUACUUGAAAAGUUUGGAAUCUGGUUACAAAGAAGAUAAAACAGGUACAAAAUUCAAGCCAUUCAUGGAUCUCCUGCUAGAGUUAUCAGUGGAAAAGGGCGCGUUUAACGACCGCGAGAUACAGGAGCACGUAGACACGAUGAUAGUUGGCGGUCAUGAUACAUCAGCUAGCGUUCUUAUGUUCACUCUGGUGCUGAUAGGAUCUCAUCCACAUGUUCAGGAGAAGAUAUAUGAAGAAUUACGCGUAGUCUUUGGCAGCGACGAUCGUGACGUCACAAAGCAGGAUCUCUCACAGUUGGUGUACUUAGAAGCAGUGUUGAAGGAGAGCAUGAGGAUAUUCCCUAUCGUCCCUGUGACGGCUAGAAUACUUGAUCGAGAUAUUAAAUUAAAGCACUGCACUCUAUCCAAAGGCCGGACCUGCUUCAUGUUCGUCCACGGAAUCCACAGGCAUCCAAUGUGGGGUCCAGAUGCUGAAGAGUUCAAGCCAGAGAGAUGGCUCAACCCACUGACCUUGCCCGACUGCCCCACUGCGUUUGCCGCGUUUAAUAUGGGAAGGAGAAUUUGUAUAGGUAAAUCUUACGCAUACAUGUCGAUGAAGACAUCGCUUGCCCACGUCAUGCGUCACUACAAGGUUCAAGGAGAUCAUACUAAAUUGGUACUGAAAAUUGACGUCAUGCUAAAACCUGAAGAAGGCCACUAUAUAAGUAUCGAGAGAAGAAGUUAACAAAUAGAAUCUCUUCAAAAUUUAAUUUCAAAUAUAGAACACUGUAGAACUUGGUAGAUGUAGAAGUAAAUUGUAAUAAUAAUAUUUUGAUGAACACAAAUGUAAAUAAAUGGUAA